AUGGAUGACGUCAUCGCAUGGAUGAAGUCCUCCAUUAGUAAGCGGCAAAAAUCACUUCAUAAGUACGGAAGAAAUUCACAAGCAUAUAGAUUUUGGCGCAAUAAAGUUCAACGGGAUGUUAAAUUGGCACGUAGAAAGUCCUAUGCGAAUUCCGUGCAGAAGUUGAAAAGUGCAAACCCUUCCAGAUGGUGGAAAGAGGUUAAAUCCAUAGGGGGCCUCUCUUCUCGGGAAUCUUGGGUACAUCAACUACUUUCUGAAGUAAACCCCACCUGUGAGGACCUUGCUGAGUCAUAUAAUGGAUAUCUUGUUGGACUUACUUCGCAUUUUAAACCCUUGCUAGAAUGCACCGAUGACCAGGAGACAGAAGUUCCCAAUUAUCUACUCGUAAAUAUAGGGCAAGUUUAUUCAGUGCUGCGGACGUCUUAA